AUGUUCAUUUACACGUACGGGAAGUUGUCGACCGGUCUCGCCUAUGUACAUGGCAUGGCAAUCUACACAUUCCAACUGGUAGACUACUCCGCACUUGGAGCAAUCUCCUACUUUUCCAUUAAUACAAACUACACAGUUUUGCGAGAUGCAAGUCCUACCAUACAGCCUAUUGCGCACGAGCUGUUUUUUGAUGUUGUGCGGUGGGAUAUUCACUAA